AUGGCGGAGCCGCUGAUCACCCUGGAUGAAACCCCGCAAACGCGGGUACUCAUUGCCGGCUGGCGGAGGCAGUGGUCUGACGGCGGCAACAUAUCCAGCGGCAUGCCGCGCUGGCUGAUCGACAAACUGUCGGCGCGGCGAAUUGGCCGCAUGACCGAAGAGAUCUCCAGGAUGUGCUUCCCCUUCCAGGUCGCGGGAACCCACGACCUCUACCGGCCCCGCGCCGCGUUCGAAGAUGGACUGCCGAGCCGUCCCAUGGAAUGGGACAACGGUUUCUGGGACGCGGGCGACGGCGUGGUCGUUUUCCUGGGAGUCGAACCCUGGUACCGGCUCGACCUGUACGGCGACGCAUUUUUCGAGGCCGCGGCGGCGUUGGGCAACCCGAAAAUCGCUGCCGUGGAAGGCUACAACGGGCCGGCUCCGCCGGAGUUGGAACGCCGGGUGUCGUGCGUGUAUAGCAAAGCGUCAAUGGCGGAGGAACUGCGCCAGCACGGAAUGCUGUUCUCCAGCUACGGAUCGCAGCAGCGCCAGGGCCCCACGAUUGGGAUGGCCCUGGUCAGCGUCGCCCACUACCAGCAUCCGGACGUGGAGAUGGUGCGGGUCGGCGCGAUGGCUCCGAUGUUCCCGUUCAGCGGGAGCGGAGGGGGUCAGUUGGGCAUCACCACCGACCACCGGGCCUUCUACGACAUCAUGCGCCGGCUGCGCGGACUGUAUUCGCUGGAUGUCGAUUUGUCCGAUCUCAGGCCGCGCUACGAGGAAGAGUCGACGCGCUUGUUGGAAUCGCUGGACCGGGUAGCCCAGCGCAACGAAGAGGCGCGACGGUACAUCGAGCGGGUGCGCAACGACUAUCAGUUCCAGCCCUUUGAAGAACCCGUCGAACUGAACUCGAGCAUCGAGGGAACGCUGGCCGACAUCCUGGGACAGCUCGAUCUUCCCGGCGGAGACGACGACCAGCCAGCGGGACGCUGA